AAUAAGUUGUAUGCGGAAAAUAUGUUGUACCUGUUUACUUAUCUACAAACACUGACGAAUAGUUCUGUCACAUGGCACAGGUUGUCAAUGGUGAAAAAGCAUCUAUGAGUUCUUAUAGUCGUCAGAAUAGAUUCAAAAAGCAAGACAGUAUGGCAGACAUUAAAAGCAGUAAUUGUGAUGAAACAAAUAUGGGAAACAACUCUAAUGAACACACAAGUAAGGGUCGUGUCACAUGGAAUUCACACAAAAUGAAGUCCAUGAGAGAUUCAACGAGACUCGGCGGUUCUUUGCAUGGAACAAGCCUGUCUACACUGAUGGCAUAUACACAUUAUAGUAUUGUUGUUGGUAUUGAAAUCACAAACUGGACCAAGUAUCGUUUGACCAAACCAAAAUCGAAGACAUAUUCAGGAUACAUAUCAACUCCCGCUGUUUCAGUACGACCUGGUCAUAAAGAGGCAAUGAUAAUGCAUAAGCACGGUUAUACCACGACAGGAUCAAGUGGAAUUGUCUCUUGGCUAAUACAACACAAAGAGAGGCGCAUUACCAUCGUGUGGAACUCACCAUAUUUUUCAAGCAACAGUAUGGGUAUUUGCCUAACGACGGUUGGUAAUGAUACUCAUAACGAUUCCUGGUUCAAUAUUAUUAGUAAAAAGCAACAGGAUGAGAAAUUGAAAUAUGAAUUUUCUACGUUUUCUGAUACGAGUAGUGAAAUGAUGAUUGAAGAUGACGAUUUUCAGAUAUUUGGUUCCAUGGGAACCAGUAGUAAACCAGAAGUUAAAAUAACACUGCGUCCGACAAUGACACAUGACCUCUCUUAUACAGGACCGCCAUAGAAGCCGGAAACAUAUUGGCAUAGAAAUGGACUGAAAAGUGGGUGGCAACAAAGUUAAACUUCUGAAAAUGACAGAAAAAACUUACAUAGUUUUAUAGAAUAAGUGCAGAGUUAGUUAGUGACCUCUUUCACUGGUAUCUUUUAUAUUCUAUGUUUUUUUUUGCCAAAAAAUCACGUUGAGGAGAAGGAGGGAAAGGGGUGCAAGCUGGUUGUCGUUCACAUCAUACAAGAAGUAGGGCCAGGUCACUUUGAUUAUUGCACAACCUGAAGCAAAUGCAAUGCCUAUCAAACUUACUUUAAGUUAACAAUAUCACAGCUUCAUAGUAUGCUUACAUUGAAGUUUCGAUGACAUAAUGCAAUACUUCUGAGACCACAUAAUUUAGUUUAAACUACUUACAUAAGACUUUUUGAUUCAUAAAUGCAACCAUUCAUAGAGGUUUUGACAGAUUUUGAGUAUUCAUUCAACAUCAAAAUAAAGAGGCUAGUGUAAGAUCAUUAGAAACCCCUUUACGUUAAUUCAUCCGAAAGUAAAUGAUGCUCCAUAUUGGUUAUUGGUAUGAAAAUAAAAAGAUGUGGUUGGAUUGCCAUUGGCAAUUCUACACCAGAAACCAAAUGACAUACUAGUAGAAGGUAGUAAUUUCAUUAUAGUUCACCAUACGGCCUUCAAUAAUUGGCAAAGCUCAUACAGCAUAGCAAGCUAUUACAGAUCCCCAAAUGACACGAGUAAAACAAUUAAAACGAGAAAAUUAAUAGCCUGAUUUAUGUACAAUGCAAUAAACGAAAAAAUAGAUAUGGCAGGUUUAAACACGUAAGCUGGCGCCCAACCCUCCUCCUAGACUGGGACAGUGGUGCAACAGGACAACAUAAGAACCAACUGUACACAACAAUAAACGAAAAGCAAAUAUUAUGAUUUACAGCAACAAAACGACAUCCACACAAUUACAUGUACAGACUACUGACUUAGGACCGACAUAUAUAGAAAAUGUUUAAACCUGUUUUCGCCCCUUCUAACUUGGGAAACAGCACAACGUAAGAACAAACUAUACAAGUCAGUCGAAAAGAGUUCCUUUAAAUCCAAAUUAUAAGAGUACAAAAGCACGCAGAAUUGACAAUAUUUUAUCAAAAUUGACUUCAUGAUACGGUUGUAUAGUAUUUCUAUAUAUUUAAUGCAAGUGAAUCUGCAGGGAAGUCUUUUUAGACGUUUUGGGUGUUUUCUAUUUUACAAGUUUCUCCAGGGUUUUCCAGUUUCAAAACAUUUUCCAGUGUUUAAAACAAAUAAGCGAAAUUUAUCGAUUGUUUUAUACACAUUGCCAAACGUUAAUGAGGGGCCAAUAGGUGUAAUACCACCAAAUCAUAGUGCGUCACAUCCGGUUGCUUACGAAAAAGGGUCGAAAAAAAAUAUUCCCUUGAACGUGACAUUUGUAGGAAAUUAAUCCUACAUUUCAUUGCAGUAAAAAAAUUUCUUACUCAUAAAUAUGUAUCUUGGGUGUUUCAAAGCACCAUUAUUUUUUAUUUGGUGUUUCUAUAGAAUAUUUUGGACACUUCAGGUUACAUGGUUACUAAAGCUUGUACACAGGAAAAAUAGGGGAGAAAGUUUGAUUGGUUAACUUCCAGUGAUGGUUAUUUUCUUAUAUGCAAUGAAAUGUCAUGUGAAAUUUUGUCUAUAGUACUGGACAGGAUAAAACUUUACUCAUGCCCAGUAUUUCUUUAUUUGAAACAAAGAUAAAUUCUGCACAUAUUUUUGAAAAGUGCAAAUUUAACAAAGACUUAUACAGGAAAAUCAAUGGUGGUAUUACACAUAUAAUGGGAAGCUGUACAUGCACCUUUGACCUUGUGAGUACUCUCAUUUGUUAAAAUUUCAUGCUAUUUAAGUGAAAUAUUUCAAAAAUUAAAUAUUCUGAGUGGAUUGAGUCUCAAAAACACAUUUUAUGAGAAAAUUGCCUUAAAAUAGGACUUUACCAUGAAUAUAAGUAGACAGAGCAAGUCAUACUCCUUGUUUUUGGGAGCUUUUUCUGACUUUUUCGCCUUAUUUCUUAUAUAUAGCUAUAAUUUUCUUUUGAAUUAUUGAUCUCUAGGCGACUCAAGAAAACAGUUUCUGGACAAAUUCUAUUGUAAUAGAGUAAACGCAAUUCAAUUUUGUAAAUUAUUACAAACCACACAUAGAAAUAAGUUAAAAUAUAUUUAAAUUUAAAAAGGUUAAAAUUUCACCAGCAGGUCGUCUUGGUUAGCCUUUGCCUGCAUGUUUUUCUAUUAUGAUAACUAAAUGAUCUAUGUUUUUUAAUUUUAGUUCAUUUAUAUGUUUUGGAGUUUAGUGUGACGUCCAUUCUCACUGAACAAGUACACAUUUUUGUUUAUGGGCCAGCUGAAGUCCGCCUCCGGGUGCGGAAUUUUCUGCUGUGUUGAAGACCCAUUGGUGGCCUUCGGCUGUUUUCUGCUCUUUGGUCGGAUUGUUGUCUCUUUGACACAUUCCCCAUUUCCAUUCUCAAUUUUAUUGUAUAGUAAUUGUAACAUUCUUAUCUUGUCAUGUGCACAAUUAAUUUUGUAUACUAUGUAUUAUUAUUUCAUUCUUUGUACCAAUGUUUAUACAAUGGUUUUAAAGAAUAAAAUUGUCUUGAUACAAGGCAUCCUGCGGUCAUUAAAUUAGGUUAAUCAAUCAGAUUACAAUGUAAAUUUUUUAUACUUAGUUGUUUCUUACCAAAGAAACUUGUUCAUGUGUAGGUGUAAAUGUUUAUAAAGUUUUUAACAUUUUUGAAGUAUCAAGUUCAUGUUUUAACAGGCAUGCGCAAAAAGUAAACACUUGUAUCCGGAAUCUAUAUUAUGCAUGUUAGGUGGCAGAAACCAGUUAUUUUACAAUAAAUCUUUAGAAUUU